AUGUCGGCCGCAGAUGCACCUCCUGCAUCCGCCGUCGCCGAGACCGAGCCCGCACUCGACUUCGACAACGACUCCGCAACGACAAGCGCUGAUGAGGCGAGCGACAGCGAGUCCGACUUGGAUUCCUCCCUCGGCGCCGACGUGCAGCCGUCCACCAUGUCUCUCCGAAGCAGUAUCCUCCGUUACCGCGAAGAGAACGGCCGUACGUAUCACGCCUACAAGGACGGCGCCUAUCUCCUGCCCAACGACGACCUCGAGCUCGACCGCCUGGACCUCCAGCACAACCUGUUUCUCCUCACCAUGAGGAACAGGCUCCACCUGGUCCCCCUGGAUCGCGAGAACCCGCCCCAGCGCGUGCUGGACAUCGGCACCGGGACCGGCAUCUGGGCCAUCGACUUCGCCGACAACAACCCGGCCUCCACCGUCAUAGGCGUCGACCUAAGCCCGGUGCAGCCGUCGUAUGUACCGCCCAACGCCUACUUUCAGAUCGAGGACAUCGAGGAGCACCCAUGGACCUUUUCGCAAAAGUUUGACUUCAUCCACAGCCGAAUGAACACGGCCGGGGUCCGAGACUUCCCCGCUCUGUUCCGGCAAGCCUACAGGAAUUUGAACCCGGGGGGGUGGAUAGAGGUUACCGACAGCACACCUGCUGCGUGCGACGACGGGACCCUGACAGAGGACUCGGCGCUCAUCCAGUGGUGCCAGCUCCUGGCAAAGGGGACCGCGGCUCUGGGCACGCCGUUUGGUGGGGCCUCAAAGUACAAGGACCAGCUUCGGGAGGCGGGGUUCGUAAACGUGAACGAGGUCGUCUUCAAAUGGCCGACAAAUGAAUGGGCCAGGCAUCCUAGGCAUAAAGAGCUGGGCACUUGGAGCCACGAGAACGCCAUGAUGGGCCUAGAGGCCCUCUGCCUUGCUAUCUUCACCCGUGUGCUGCUGUGGCCGAGAGAGAAGGUCGACGUUCUUCUGGCGGAGGUGCGGAACGAUUUGAAAAACAAGGAAAUACAUGCAUACUGGCCAAUGUGA